AUGGAGUUAAUGGAGAUAACGGAGAUAAUGGGGAUAAUGGAGACAAUGGAGAUAAUAGAGACAAUUGAGAAAAAAGGAGACAGUGAAGAAAAUGGAGACAGUGAAGAAGAAAUGGAGACAAUGGAGAUAAGGGAGACAGUGAAGAUAAUGGAGAUGAAGGAGAAAAAAGGAGACAGUAAAGGUAAUGGAGAUAAUGGAGAUAAUGGAGACAAAGGAGACAACAAAUUCACUUGGACCUGUGGAGACAAUGCAGACAAACGAGACAGUAGAAAGUGCUGGAGACAACUGGAGACAGGAGGAGACAAUUGGAGGCAAAAGGAGACAAUUGGAGAUAAAUAG